GUGCGUUUGUUAACUUAACAGUUGAAGCUAGGAGAACGAUGCACUACAUCAGAGUGGCCUUGCUGUUGUCCUUAAGCGUCGCGGUGCGCGCUGAUCUCUUACUCGCUUACAGAGAGCACGAGGCUCUGGUGAAAGACUAUCCUUGCCGUGACCCCCAGCCCAGGGUGGUAGAGCUCGAAGAGGUCAUUGGGGAAGAUGUCUUAAAAGAGGAAACUAAUGGAUGUAUAGAGAAAAUCAGUCCAACUGUGACGAUGUUACACAGAUGUUAUUCGGCAGGCUGUUGCCAAAACCCUUACCAGAAAUGCAUGCCAGUAGACACAGACGAUGUGACGCUGACCUUCCUCAUAACGGGCGACACUAUAAAGUACUUCGAGGUGACUGCUGUGAAUCACACUCGAUGUGGAUGCGCGUAAAAAUAUAUGAGGAGGAAAUUAAUCAUUUCUAUUGAUCUGUGAUAUAUUGUUAAUAUUUAUUUAUUUAUUGUACGACUGCUAUUUGUU